AUGUAAAAGUUUAUAAAGCCAUAAAAUUUGUAAUAAGUCUACCCUUUAUUAUUUAAUUGGUAACCUGAAAAUCAUGGUUUAGGAAAAGGUUUUGCAAUGACAAACUUUACAGAAUUAAAAGGAUGUGGAUGUAAGGUUCCAUAAACAUAAUUGUUGAAAUAUUUAGGAUAGAUUGGUAAAGGUGAUAUAGGAUCAGAAACACCUGAUGUUUCAGUAUUUCCAAUAAAUUAGACAAAUAAUUUCCAUACGAUUUCAACAAUAGAUUACUUUUAUCCUCUUGUAGCGAAUCCUUAUGCAUAAGGUAGAAUAGCAUGUUGUAAUGUGUUGAGUGAUCUUUAUGCUAUGGGUGUAACAUAAGUUGAUACUAUGUUAAUGGUAUUAGGUGUAUGUACAAAAAUGACAGAAGAAGAGAAAUAAAUAUCUACAUCUUUAAUGUUAAAAGGUUUUAAUGAUUGUGCUAAAGAAGCAAAUACAUCUGUAACUGGUGGUUAAAGUGUUUAAAGUCCAUGGCCAUAAAUGUAUAUAUAUAUAUAAUUAAUUAAUUAGAGGUGGUGUAGGAAUAGCUUCAAAUCAUAGAGAUGAUUUUAUUAUGCCAAAUGGUGCAGAACCUGGUGAUUAUUUAAUUUUAACAAAACCAUUGGGUGUUUAAAUAGCUGUUAAUACAUUUUAAUGGAUGACAACUAGUCCAUAAAAAUGGGAUGCUAUUAAAGGAAUAACUAAUUAAAAUGAAAUUAAUUAAGCAUUUGAUGUUGCUACUAAAAGUAUGUGUUUAUUGAAUGCUGCUGCUGCAUCAUUAUUUAAAAAAUAUUAAAUUAAAGCAGCUACUGAUGUCACUGGAUUUGGAAUCUUAGGACAUGCUAAAUAUCUUGCUUAAGCAUAAAAUUUAAAUGUUGAAUUUGUUAUUGAUACAUUACCUAUUAUUAGAAAUCUUUAUAAAUUAGAUAAAAUUGCAAGAGAUUUUAAAUUUAAAGAAGGUUUUGCUGCUGAAACAUCUGGAGGUUUAUUAAUAGCUACAAAACAUCCAGAUUCAUUUUUAAAAGAUUAUAAAGAUCUUAUUGGAGAAUGGGGAUGGGUCAUUGGUAAAGUUGUAGAAAGUAAAAAAAGAAAUGCUGUCAUUUCAGAAAAUGUUAAAAUUUAUGAAGUUUGAGAUUAUAUAUAAUAUUAAUCAAUUUAUAAA